UAAAAGUGUAGACUUCAUUUACAGGUGAAAAACAUCUGCAGGCUUGGUGGGUGACAAUCACAUUAAAAAGACUGCCUUUGUCAGAGGUCCUCUCAAUUUAAGUGAGAAGGAUGUCCAACCAUUCACACGGACAGCACCUCUGUAACCUCAACAUGACGGAGGAGGUACGGCUGUUCCAGAGGGUUGUGUACAGCCCUGUGUUUGUUCUGGGUCUGGUCCUGAAUCUCUCUGCACUGAGGAUGUUCUAUCGGAAGAGAGCCAGCUGGACAGACACACACGUCUACAUGUUCAACCUGGCCGUGGCCGACUGUGUCCUCAUCACCUUCUUGCCCUUCAGGAUCUAUCACACCUUCUUCACCCUGGACCCUCCAGGCCUCUGUGCUGUUCUUGUUCUGAUCCACUUCACCAACAUGUACGCUAGCAUCUUCACUGUUACAGCUGUAAGUGUCCAGAGAUUCAUUGCCAUUCAGUUUCCCUUCCACUCCAGGAGAAUUGUCUCCAAAAAACAAGUGGCUGUUGUAGUGUGUGUGAUGAUAUGGGUGACUAUUGUGUUCCUAUGUGUGAUAUUCAGGGAGCCCAAUGGGCCUGAGCACAGACUGGCCUGCUUUGAGAAAGACACCCGUCCCUUUCCACUGGACUUUAUUGUGACUCUGGAGAUACUGGGAUAUGUGGUUCCUCUUCUCACAAUGCUGCUUUGUUCAUGUCAGAUGAUCUGCACUCUGCUGGCCUACAAGGACACGCACUCAUAUAAGCACAACAGGAAAAGUAUUAGAAUAAUAUCAGCCAAUUUGGUUGUCUUUUUCAUCUGUUACACUCCUAUCCAUAUUGCAUUUUUCAUGAAAUUCUAUGUUGCUUCCGAAGUCCCCCUUGACUGCCAACAGUAUAAUUUAAUGCGUAACUUCUAUCAUGUCUCAGAAGGGAUUGCCACAACAAGCUGCUGUUUAGAUGCUAUUGGAUAUUUCUUCUUAGUGGAGGAGUUCCGCAAGGAACUGAUUCCAGGGAGGUUAACAAAAGAGAGAACCAAGAAGCCUCUUCAGAGAGAACUGCUCUCUCUAGAACUGUAUAGGUAGGAAUGGAGAGGAAUUUUCAGCUACUCUAUAUUCUGUUUUGGCCUAGUGAAUGCUGUCACAUGAAGUAUCAUAAAAAUAUUCUGAUGGUUAUACGAUAUAUAAAUUCUAUACAUA